GUAAAUAAUUGCGGAUAGCAGAAGAAUUCAGUUUGUGACGAGAGAUUGCGCCGCCAAGUCAGUGUCAGCAAAAGUUUUCGUACUUCGCGUUCAACGAUAUUGAAAUUAACACAUACGCUCACUGACACACACACACAUCCACACAAACAAAUACGUACAAUACGUAAGCAAAACAUAACGCGUUGCCAAUUAGCGGUGAAAAGUUAAGCAAUGAUUUUCAUAGUGAGUGAAAAAGUUUAAAAUUCGUGUGGAAAAAAAGUAAAAUAAAAAUAAAGCAAAAUAAGCAAAAGCUAUGAACGCCAUGGGUAUUUCAACAGAUCCCACGCUGCUCGAUGUGGAAUUGCCAGCCACGCUUAUUGAAUCGCCGUCAGUGUCGACAUUCCUGCCCGAGGAGGAGGCAUCCACCUGUCCGCUGUUGUCCACCACAAAUGGUACAUCGACGCCGGUUACAUUCUCACAUCCGCUAACACCCUGUAUCGACAAUGACAGCACCGCCUCGGCCAACUUGUGUAAUGAUGAGGAUGCAGAUGCCAAGGUCGAGACAAGUUCAUCGUCGGGCAGCAGCUCCGGAAUUGGCAUGGAUGCGCCCGAUACGGCGGCCACAACGUUGUUCCACAAGACACACGCCUACCAACAUUUGCAGGUCAACAAUGGCGGCGCAGUGCAGGAUUCAAAUGGCACGAACGGCACACUCUCGAAGGACACACCCUCGUUCGUUUCAUGGAAUUGGCCCCUGAUCCGUAAAUGCACAUUUUUUGUCUUCAUGUCCAGCUUGUUAGCUAUGUGUGCCGUAGUGGUGGCCAUGAUUGUUACCCUACCAAAGACCUGUAACCCAAAAACAGCUUGGUAUCGCGGGAGCGUUUUUUAUGAGAUCUUUCCCGCCAGUUUCCAAGACUCAAACGAUGACGGGAUUGGUGAUCUGCGCGGCAUUGCACAGCGUGCUGACUAUUUGGCAUCACUUGGCGUGGCUGCUGUGCGUCUAAACUCGAUAUUCCAAUCAGCUCACUACCCCGAUGACUUUGCGCAUCCAACGUCGCUGCUUCAGGUGGCCAAUGCCUUGGGUACAGUACAAGAUUUGUAUCGGUUGAAGGCAACACUACACGAGCGUAACAUUUCCCUGUUGCUUGAUCUGCCGAUUAGCGGUUUUAUUAAAAGAUUGGAUGAAGCCAAAACGACCAAGCCUACAAUAGUUGGGGCACUUUCAACGCAUUCAAAUAAUGAAUCCGGAAGCACUGAAUCAACUGUCACUACAACCAAUGGGACUAUCCAAACUUUACCACAAUUAUCGAUCCCCUCUGUUGAUAAUGUCGUCAGUGAUGCUCUACUGAAAUGGGUGCAUCUGGGUGUGGAUGGUUUUUAUCUUAAAGGUUUAGAAAAUUUUGUCGAUGACGAUCAUCUGCUAGCCAAUUUGAAUGUGUGGAAAGAGAUUGUCGGUCCCGAUCGCAUACUUAUCAUUAAUGAAGCACUAAUUCAAGAGUUGCAUCCCACACUGCGUCCACUGGCACUACAACACAUCGAUUUAGUCGAUGUGCACUUGGACGUUUCGAACGGCACUAGACAUUUAGAGCAUCAUAUCAAUAGACUUCUUAAUGGUCCACUCGCACCUGUCGAAGUGGGUCCAUGGUUGCAUUGGUCUAUCGGUGGCGUGGAUCAACAACGCUUCACACGUUAUGGACAAAGCAAGAAUAUAACUUUGGCUGCGACUGUCAUGCAACUCAUGCUACCGGGCACUCCCAACAUUUUCUACGGUGAUGAAAUCGCAUUGGAAGCCAUCACCGAUACGCAGAAUGAACAUAAUGAGACUAAACAUCUACAUCAUCUCACCACUAUGGAAUGGUUGAAUAGCACAAGACAGUUUACGAAUCGUGAAACUUUGCCUUGGCUACCACACACAGCGCAAUUUAGUCAAGAAAAUUUCCAAACAGUCACGAAAAUGAUCGAAUUACGUAAUCGUUCGCCGUCAUUGUAUAAGAACGCCAUUUGCAAGCCGGAAAGCACACUAUCCAACACAGAGUUACGUAGUAGCAACGAUGAUAUUUUAGUUGUGGAACGCGUCUAUCCGCGUCGCAACUCAUUUGUUUCGGUAUCGAAUUUCGGUCAGAAGCGUGUCUCCAUGGAUAUGACAGCCAUGUAUUUUAGUGGCGUAAAAAUGCUGGACGAAGAACAGAGCGAGAAGAUUUACUUUUCCAACUUCGAGAUUGGUCCGUGGGAAACAAUUGUUGUUAAACUAGAUAAAUAAGUGUGAAGACGUAACGAAGCUGAACGCUUCGGAGUUACGGUGUAAUUAUGUACUUACGUUUGUUUGUAUAUUUUUAUAGAUAUAGCGGCCAAAAACUUGCUCAUAAAGCGGUAAAUAAAUAUGUGAGUUUUAAGAUUGGAGGAAA